AUGGCUCUUAACGUUAUUUUUCUUUGCCUAGACCAUGACAAAAUGUUUAAGAUGAGCGAAAAGAUCUUACUCCUGUGCGUCGGGGAGGCUGGAGACACUGUGCAGUUUGCAGAAUACAUCCAGAAAAACGUUCAGCUCUACAAAAUGAGAAAUGGUUAUGAAUUGUCUCCUACUGCAGCUGCAAACUUUACACGACGAAACCUGGCUGACUACCUUCGGAGUCGAACCCCUUACCACGUCAACCUGCUCCUGGCUGGCUACGACGACCACGACGGCCCGGCCCUGUACUACAUGGAUUACCUCGCGGCGCUGGCGAAAGCUCCGUUUGCAGCACAUGGCUACGGCGCGUUCCUCACCCUCAGCAUCCUGGACCGCUACUACAAGCCGGGUAUCACACGUGAGGAAGCUAUGGAGCUCCUAAAAAAAUGUCUAGAGGAGCUUCAGAAGCGGUUCAUCCUAAAUCUGGCUUCUUUCAACGCCCGGUUCAUUGACAAGGAUGGCAUCCACGAAGUGAAAAAUAUACCCCUUGCAAAAGCGGCGUCCUAACCCCCGAGAUCUUUCUUCAGCAGUCUUGUUUUUGUUCACUUUUGGUUUUUUCUAUUCGUUUGAAGCACGCGAGUCAUGUACUGCACUGGGAGAUUGAAUAAAGAUUGACAUUUAUAUAGCCAA